AUGUCCGACCACCCUAUCAAGGCUUUUGGCCUGACACAGGUCUACGUUCCCCGCGACGAGCCCAAAGUCGACAUCGUCCUCGUUCACGGCCUCAACGGCCACCCGCACGACUCGUGGACCAGCAAGUCGGGCUGUUUCUGGCCCGUCGACCUGCUCCCCGAUAUUCUGGCGUCCCAGCGCCCGCGCAUCCUCACAUACGGGUACAACGCCAAUGUGACCGCGUUCACCGAUGGCACGUCGCGCGAUUCGAUAGUCAGUCAUGCCGAAACCCUGGCGUCGAAUCUCGCCGCCAACCGCAAUUUGCGAGAUUGCUCCGAUCGUCCGAUUAUCUUUGUUUGUCAUUCGCUGGGAGGGCUGGUCGUCAAACGGGCCCUGAUCUACUGCUACAACGUCUCCAGCGAGAAAACCGAGCAUCUGCGAUCCAUAUACGUGUCAACCUUUGGCAUCCUUUUCCUCGGCACGCCGCAUAAUGGAUCCGACAUCGCCAAAUGGGGCUUGCUGCUGCACAACAUCUGUAGCGCAGUCCUUCCCAAGAAGGUGAUGGAGGCGUCGCCGCAGCUAGUCAAGGCGCUUCGGACCAAUAACGAGACCUUGCAGCAUAUCAACAGCUUGUUUGCCAAUAUCAUGAGCCGAUUCCAUAUCUACUUCUUCCAUGAGACGCGGUCCACCGAUGUGCGAGGUACGCGCGAGAUCAUUGUCGACGAAGCCUCGGCGGCACCCUACAUGGAUGGCGUGGAGCGGAUGGGGAUAGAGGCGGACCACAGCCACAUGUGCAAGUUCGAGGACGAAAAUGCCCCAGGCUACGAGGUGGUCGCGGAAGCUAUUCUUCGAUAUUCGCGCCAGGCGCCCACCGUCGUUGCGGAUCGCUGGGUGGAGGAGAAGAAAGCUCGCACCCUGGAAAAGAAAGCCAGGGCCAGAGAGCUCUAUGACGGAAGAGUAGAGGAGUCGGGUCGAAGCAUGCCUGAUUUGACCGGCCACUCCGUACUUACUUUGCCGCCUGGCCCUGCCACAGAUGGUCAAAAUUCUCCAGCAUCAGAGCUCAGCAACAGUGGCCAUCUCCCAUUCGCCCACGAGCCCCCUAAGGAACUGCCUCUGCUCGUUGCACCCCCGGGCUUUCAUCCGAACGCGACCUUUUAUGGGAUGAAGAAGGAACUAGAGGUGCUGCACCACCGCCUCUUCAAAGCCAAAGCACGACCAGACCGAACUAUGGCUGUUCUGAUCUCUGGUGUUCCAGGCUCCGGCAAGACCCAUCUGGCGCGGGAGUAUGUCUUUAAGCAGCGCGAGAGCUACACUGGAGGAAUAUUUUGGAUUGAUGCCAAAUCCCGCGAAUCGGCCUACAAAUGCUUCUGGGAGAUUGCCCAGGCGGCCAUGCUGAUUGACCGCAAACAGGCCGCAGACCGCGAAUAUCAGGAAUCCCGGACGUAUGUAAACGCUGUCCGUAAUUGGCUCCAGACGCGACAUGAAUGGCUCCUGAUCUUUGAUGGGAUCACUUUUAACCACGACGAUCAGCUAAAUGAGUUUCGACAUUUUCUGCCCUGGAACAAGCGUUGCAGUAUCAUCUACACCUCAAUCGAUACGACCUUGCGCAAAAAGCAGCGGCUCUAUGAGCCGUAUUGCCUCCUGAUCCCUCGACUACAUGCCAAAGACGCCUGCCAGCUUCUUUACAAAGACCUUGGCAUCAAAAACCCCACUCCGGAGCAGGCUCUUCGGGCUAUGGAGCUGGUCGAGCACUACGAUUGUCUACCACUGGCGAUUCAUGCUAUUGGCCAUCGCCUCAACGCGACGGGCAAGCCAAUCGAGAAAUAUCGGGUGAAAUACCAGUUGACUGAUAAGAAGCUUGCGGAGCCGUUCCUGAGCAUCAUGAAUGACCUCUAUCGCAUGCAGCAUUACCAGGCAUUAAACCUCAUCAACCUUCUCUCGUUCCUGGGACACCAAGUCCCUGUGGGUCUUCUCAAUUUCGGCCGCUCAGCGAUGUCUGCCGAGAACGCGGAGAUCCUGACCAGUGCUCAAACGGGAGAGGAUGCGGAUCUUGAUACCACCCUGGGGACUCUUAUUCAUCAUGGGCUGGUUGAGCGGACCUCGGAUGCCGACCCUAUUGUUCCGAUGAAUACUACCGUGCACCAUUCCGAUGGCGAAGACAAGUCUCCUGUCCCAGAACUCUCGGAAUCACUGACUGAAAGCAGUCAAGAAGGCUUCUUUUCCAUCUACCGUGGCAACUCGGCCGUUGAUGUGGUCAAAAUCCACAGCGUAGUCCAGGGAUUCUGCCGAGAUGAACUCCGGAUCAAGGAUGAAGAAUACAAGGAGGCUAGGAACAAACAUGACCUUGGAUUCUAUGACUCCUGGUUGAUUGUCACCACCCGGUUCUUGUGCACAUCAUACGAAAAUGCCAAGGAGAAGAUGGCUCACUACCAGGACUGCGGUCUCGUCCGAGACUACCGGGAAUUUGAAACCCAUGCCUCCCGGCUUGCGGAGCUAUUCCCCAAGAAGCCCACAAUUAUGGCGCACCCGUUGGUCCUCCGGGAGGCACGAGAGACCUUGCGGCAGUUAAUGAAGAGUAUGAGCAGCGAAAUCGACCGGCUCUCCCCCAGUUCCUCGCAGGAGUCUGUCCGGAACCAAAGAUCUGUCUUCGAUCGGUCGAGUAGUUCCUCGUCGUCAAUCCCGGACUCGUCGGCAGAUGAGGGACCAUCGCGUCGGUCCACCUGGACGUGGAAUGAUCUGGGAUCGCCCCGAGCAGAAUCUCCCGAGGAAAUGGCCACGCCCCCUCCGCGCUUUAAAUUGGACCUCUUUCCUCCGUCUAUCUUCCGGAAAGCGGGCUAUGAAUCGGAAGGCGGGUAUGACUCGGACACGGAGACUAACGGUCCUGUUCGAAUUUCUCCAGCACUCUCGCAGAUGAGCCAGACUACCGAGAAGCCCAACCCAUCGCCUGCAUCUCCAAGCACUCCACCUCCCCCAUCAGAUGACCAGGACUGGCAAGUGGUUGAUCGACACUCCAAGGCAAAAUCAGGGAGAGAAAGGUACCCGAGAAGGCGGCAUAGGGGUCCUCGUCGGUUUAGAGGCAAACCCGCUGCCCCGCUAGUCAAAAUAUCUAAUAUCGAGGGGAGAGGCUCUUCGAGUCGCACGUCUGUAGGUGAAGGGGAAAGUUCAUCGGUAUUGGCUUCGGCAGCCGAAAAAGCGCUUGCAGCUGUUCGUCGAUCCAGCAACACCCAGCCGCCCGCUGAACCCGUGAAGCCUACUCCAAGCCCUGCGCCGGUAAGCAAAGAGAAUAUACCCACCUAUGCCAGUGUGGCUGCUCGACGUAUGCUGGAGGCGGACGCUCCCCUGAGACGCCCAGCGUCGAUGCCCAUUUCCAGAGGACCUAGUCUAGCUUCUGGUUUGCAAAUGAAGGCUUCCGUCGAGUCGUUGGACAGUCAAGGGAGUCAUGCAUUUACAUCUCCGCUGUCUCAUGAGCUGACAUCUCACGAACUCAUGGCGGAACCCUUAACGCGAUCAACCUAUAGCGAGCCCGGGCAGGAUCUCUUUGGACACCCGUUGAACGGGAUGGAUCUACAUACUGCGCCUGGGUCUCGCCGGACAUCGCUCGCCGGUCCGCUUGACCCUGUGCGAGAUCUGUCCGCAAGCACCCCUUCACUUCUCCCAUAUCCGCCACCAUUGCCAUACGAGGAAGACAUUGCGAUUACUAUACCGCGUCGCGGAAGACCGACAGAAAGAACAUCUGGUCCUAGUGUUCCUGUGGUUCCUCGACUUGCCCCCAUCGCACAUCCUUCCGCAAUCAUGCCAGGUGCAUUACCUCUCUCUUCAGCCCCAACCGAAGUACCUGUCGUGCACGCCCCAGAGCGUCCCUCAGCUGAAGCACUGAGUCGGGGGUCAUCCGGCUACUCACACCAGUCCUGGGCAACCGAACCAGUCCGCUACCCGCCCCGGUUCUCGCCAGUCCCAAGCUUCCAGUUGUCCAGCGAAGUCGCCGCCAAUAUACCACCAAUCAUUCCCCAACAACAAGCGCUCUCUGGUGCCGGCAGCUGGACCACAGAGGUGCCUCUGGUCGGCAGCGCUCUGCAAUCCGAUGUCGUCUACCCCGUGCCAGCACCAGCGCACCCACGACUGGGCUCGGUGGACGAGCGCCUCAAGACUGCGGACCCGGGCUGGGAUCCGCAGAUCGAGCCCGCUCGGCUCCUGCAUUUCGGCGGACACCGCGUCGACGUCCGAGAUGCGCGCCAGCGCCUGCAGGAAGCCGGUCGGCUUCAAACCCCGCGCCAUGUCCCGACAUACCAACUAUAUCAUCCGAACUUGUCGGGGCCUCUGAUUCAGGAUCGAGAACAGUUGUAUGCACCUGCUCCGGCGCUGGAGGUGUACGGAAUGCGUGCGCGGAGAAGCAGCUCGCCUCCGCGGCCGAAUUAUGAAGGUCUGGGCGUGCGGCUUUAG